GUGCAAAUGAAAUUCAAAAUGAUUCGACCGUUAAAUACAGGUCAUCCCUGAUUUUCCUUAUAACCCAAUCCCUGAAGAAGAGAACUGUUUUUCUUCUCCCUCCGACGACCCAGAAAAGGUCCACGAAAUGGUGAGAGAAGAGCCAAAAGAGAGCCCUCAGAAUUCAAAUCAAGCAAGCCCAAUUCAGAAUGACGGAACCGGAGAGAGUUUGCUCAGCCCCAGGUUCAAAUCCAUCGCCGCCAUGGCCGGCUGGGACGAGGAAGCGCUUAUCGUCGCUAGUCUUGUAGUCGAAGACACUCCUGACAGAAUCUGCAAACAAAAGAAACGCUCCAAUUUGGUUUUCGUGUCCCCGCCCUCCACCAAUUCAAGAAGGAAGCGCAGGGCGCAGAGGAGGAGUGCUGUUCCGAUUUCCGUUGCUCCUCUAGAUUUAGACGAUGAGGAGACUUCAAAAGAAGAAAGUGAGAAAAAGAAGAUGGAAGAACAGAAAAUUGUUGUUAGUGGAGAGAAGAAGAAGAAGACAGGAAGAGAUAAAAUGAGUGAAGAAAACCCUGAUGUUUCCUGCUCCAAUCCAGCUCUUCCAUGUAUUGAUAAACUCAGAGAAGAGCUUUCAUGCGCAAUUUGUUUGGAAAUCUGCUAUGAACCCAGUACUACUCCCUGUGGACAUAGUUUCUGUAAGAAAUGUCUGCGAUCUGCCGCUGGUAAAUGUGGAAAGAGAUGCCCAAAAUGCAGGCAACUAAUAAGCAAUGGAAGAUCUUGCACUGUAAACACAGUUCUAUGGAAUACAAUUCAGCUUCUGUUUCCGCAAGAGGUUGAAGCAAGGCAGGCUGAACUUCAGAGUCCAGUAAAAGGAACUCACAGUAAUAGAAGGAUUCGGAGUUCACAAUCUCCAAUGGAGGAGAAUGGCAUAGAUACAAGAUGGAGGAGGAGAGGAGCACGGAGCCAAAAUGAUGGAGAUGCUGCAUUGGCUGCAAGGUCGCUGAGACAAGACAACCUUUCCCAGUUGACAAGCAGCAAUACAAGCUCAAGGAGGAGGAGAGGGAUGCCAAGACAAGAUGUGGCUGCUACACCAUUGGCUUCAAGGCCACAGAGGAAUACAAGCUCAAGGAGGAGGAGAGGGACACCAAGCCAAGAUGCUAAUGCUGCUUUGGCUUUGAGGUUGCAGAGGGAGGAGUUCAUGGAGUCUUUCGUGAGGAACCAUGAACAAUCUAGACCAGCAUCUCUAAGCUUGGCUAGAGCAAAUUUGAGAGCUAUGGCUUCCAGAGCCAUUAAAAUUCGUACAAGAGGUCAGUAACUAAUUGGUGGUUGUAGUUUUGGAACGAAGUGUAAGAAUGGGACAACAAUUGUCACUGAGACAAGAAAGAUUUGAUUGAUGUUUACUGGAAUUAUGAAUUUGUCCAAGCAAAAUUUCUUUGCA